GACCUGAGCAUAAUGCGCAAGCGCAGUUAGUAAGAUCCGGGCUCCAGACAGGAUGAAUGCAAAUUUCCAAGAUGGCGGUGGAGGGAGGAGGGAAGGAGAUGAACGAAAUUAAAACUCAAUUCACCACUCGGGAAGGCGUCUAUAAACUCCUCACGCACUCCGAAUACAGCCGUCCCAACAGAGUGCCUUUUAAUUCACAGGGCUCCAACCCGGUCAAAGUCUCUUUCGUGAACGUCAACGACCAGUCCGGUAACGGCGACAGAAUCUGUUUCAAUGUGGGCCGGGAACUCUACUUUUAUAUUUACAAAGGCGUGAGAAAGGCUGCCGACCUGAGCAAGCCCAUAGACAAGCGGAUAUAUAAGGGAACGCAGCCCACGUGUCAUGACUUCAACCCGCUGUCGGCAACGGCCGAGAGCGUCUCCCUGCUGGUGGGCUUCUCCGCCGGACAGGUGCAGCUCAUCGACCCCAUCAAGAAGGAGACCAGCAAGCUGUUCAACGAGGAGAGGCUGAUCGACAAGUCUCGGGUGACGUGCGUGCGGUGGGUGCCGGGCUCGGAGAGCCUCUUCCUGGUGUCGCACGCCAGCGGCAGCCUGUACCUGUACAACGUGGAGCACAGCUGCGUCUCGGCGCCGCCGCACUACCAGCUGCUGCGGCAGGGCGACGGCUUUGCCGUGCACACCUGCAAGAGCAAGCAGGCGCGCAACCCGCUGCGCCGCUGGACGGUGGGCCAGGGCACGCUCAACGAGUUCGCCUUCUCGCCGGACGGCCGGCACGUGGCGUGCGCCAGCCAGGACGGCUACCUGCGCGUGUUGGGCUUCGACAGCGGCGAGCUGCACGGCGCCAUGAAGAGCUACUUCGGCGGCCUGCUGUGCGUGUGCUGGAGCCCCGACGGGCGGUACGUGGUGGCGGGCGGCGAGGACGAUCUGGUGACGGUGUGGUCGUUCGGCGAGCGGCGGGUCAUCGCGCGCGGCCACGGCCACAAGUCGUGGGUCAGCGUGGUGGCGUUCGACCCGUGCACCACCACCAUCGUGGGCGUGGAUGGCGACGCGCCGGCCGAGUUCAGCGGCAGCGACGACGACUUCCAGGAGACGCCCGCCCCUGCGGCGGCGGCGGCGGACUUCGGGCGCGAGCGCGCCAACAGCGCCCAGUCGCGCCUCUCCAAGUGCAACUCCACGGACGGCUGCGCCAUGAGCGUCUCCUACCGCUUCGGCUCGGUGGGGCAGGACACCCAGCUGUGUCUCUGGGACCUCACCGAGGACAUCCUGUUCCCCCACCUGCCCCUGUCCCGCACUCGGACUCACACCAACGUCAUGAACGCCACCACCACCACUAACGCCACCACCACUACUAACGCCACCCCGAACGCCAACAGCACGGCGGGCACCAACGGUGGCGGAGACAAGACGCCCGUGCUGUCCCACCCGCAGACGAACUGUCUGUCCGGCGGCUCGCUGCCGCGCUCCAACAGCCUGCCGCACUCCACGGCGCCGCCAGGGGGCAGCACCCCCAACAGCCACCCCAAGGCCAGCAGCAUCAUGGAGAGCGCGCUGAUCGCCACGGGCGUGCACAAGUUCGCCACGCUCACGCUGGCGCACGACUCGCGCAAGGAGCGCCACCACGAGAAGGAGCACCGCAGGAACCACAGCGUGGGCUACGUCGGCAGCAAGAGCAACGACAAGCUCAACCAGCUGAGCGGCUCGCGCUCGGCCACGGGCUCGGCAGGGCCGGGCAGGACUCUGGGCACCACCCUGUGCCCGCACAUGGAGGAGGUGCCUGUGCUGGAGCCGCUGGUGUGCAAGAAGAUCGCCCACGAGAGGCUCACCGUGCUCAUCUUCCUGGACGACUGUCUGGUCACCGCCUGCCAGGAGGGAUUCAUCUGCACGUGGGCAAGGCCCGGCAAGGUGGGCCUUCUGUCGUCCCAGAACCCCGGCAGCUCUCCGAGCGGGACGGUGGUGUAGGCUGCAGGGGGCGCUGUGCUGCUUAGCUGAGCGGAGCUCCACAGUGCAGGGGGCGCGUCAGACGGACCUGGCCCAGCAGGGGCCCACGGAUGCUGGGGUGAGAAUCCUCCUCUGCUGGCCACUGCCCAGGACGAGAGUCGGAGUGAGAGCCAGGCGGCUGCAUCAGGGCAGAGUGGGCAGAGCCAGUGCUGGAGAAGAGGGCACUGUUGGCAAGCAUGCCGGGGCCCGUGUGGAUGUGUGAAAGGGCCCCUGGAAGUCCUGCAAUGUUCUGUGGAUAAGAGAAAGAGGGGAAUCUCACCCUUUUUUUUAAGUUCUGUUUUAAAAACCUUCCUCUCAGUUUGGCUGACCCCCCCCCAUUUAUUGCCACUACCACUCCAUUCUCAUUUCUGUUUUUGUUUGUUUGUUUGUUUGUUUGUUCAUUCAUUAUGUCGUCAUCAUCGUCGUUGUCAUCGUCUUCUUCUAUAAGGGAUACCUGAGGCUGGAAGACUGGGAGAAGGACAAUGGACAAAGAGAAUUCCUAUUUAAUUACCCAUCCACACAGCAUCCUCCAGCAUUAUUGCACUGUGUGUGUGUGUGUGUGUGUGUGUGUGUGUGUGUGUGAGAGUGUGUGUGAGAGAGUGUGUGUGAGAGAGGGUGUGUGUGUGUGUGUGUGUGUGAGAGUGUGUGUGUGUGUGUGUGUGCGGUUGUGUGUGUGUGUGUGUGUGUGUGUGAGUGAGUCUCACAAAGUUGCUCGGAUGGAGCAGAAGUCCCUUAAAGAGUACUGUGCUGGCACUAGGGGACUAUAGGAAGGCAGCUUCCUCUGUAAGAUGGAUCCUGCAAUCAUAGUUUUUUAUUAUUAUUAUAAUAAUAAUUAUUAUUAUUAAGAUGAAAGGAGAUCAUGUUUGCACUUAAUAGUUUGCAAGAGCAGAGAGGCUUUACAAUCUUUGGAGUGGUAAAGGACUCCUUGACAAGGUUGUUUAAAGUAUAAAUAGAUGUAAGAAAUCUUUCUACCUAUGGAACAUUUAUUUUAAUAUUGUGUCAGAUAAAGAGAUGGUCUGUAUUAUAUAUGUACAUAUUGUAAGUCAAGGAUUUAUGGGGUGAAAUCAUUAUUAUAAUAGAUAGGUCUUCAAAAAUAGUGAAAUUUCUAAUGCAGAAUGUAUAUGAUUACACACAUAUAAUAAUAUUAAAAUAAUCUUGAAUACAAUUCAACAUACUGUACAUGCUUCUUGUUUCCAUUACCACAAAUGAUCCACAUCAGUAAGAGUUAAUCAAA